AAAAGAAGAAAGUUCUUGGCCCGUAGAACUCAUCUCUCUCACUCGUGCUUUAAAUGCGAAGUAGCGCGACGUCGCAUCUUCUCUCUCUUAAGAACUAAGCAAAGAUCCCCCAUCUUUCUCCUAUUUAAGCUUCUCUCCGAGCUCUGCUUUCUACCAGAAAACAUGGCAUCUUAUUACAGAUUCCAAUCUGGGUUUUGUCCUCUCUCGCCUUGUCCCUCUCUUCUUCUUGGAAACUUCGUCGAACGGAUCAAAGACGCUUGUCAUUUCCUCGUCUCCGCUGUUCUUGGCACCAUCAUCUCCGCCGUCUUGACCUUCUUCUUCUCCCUAGUGGGCACAUUGUUAGGGGCACUUACAGGAGCUUUGAUAGGCCAAGAAACAGAGAGCGGGUUCAUCAGAGGAGCAGCCAUUGGAGCCAUCACAGGAGCUGUGUUCUCCAUAGAGGUCUUUGAAUCGUCCCUCGAUCUUUGGAAAUCUGAUGAGUCUUGUUUCGGAUGCCUUCUCUACUUGAUUGAUGUUAUUGUUAGUCUUCUAAGCGGGAGACUCGUAAGGGAGCGAAUAGGUCCUGCAAUGCUAAGUGCAGUGCAAAGUCAAAUGGGAGCUUUGGAUGCACCCUAUGACGAUCUCUCGAGCCUAUUUGAGACAGGAGGCGCAAAGGGUUUAACAGGAGACCUUGUUGAGAAGAUCCCAAAGUUGACAAUCACUGACAACAAUAACACAGAUGCCUCUGAGAACAGAGACUCCUGUUCUGUUUGUCUUCAGGAUUUCCAGCUCGGUGAGACAGUAAGAAGCUUGCCUCAUUGUCAUCACAUGUUCCACUUACCUUGCAUAGACAAAUGGCUCCUCAGGCACGGUUCUUGUCCUAUGUGUAGACAUGACCUUUAAUGUAAACCGUGCAGCUCAGAUACGUCUACACACAGCUCCUUACCUCUCAAGAAUCUGGUCUUCCUUUCAACUUUCAUGUAAAUUACGCUUCUUUUUUUUGUUGCUUUGACAAUUAGUUACCUUUUACACCCUAUCUGAGUUUAGUAUAGGUAUCUUCUUAAUGUUAUGUUUAGUCAGCAGAUGUAUAUAAUAAACACACAAAAGAAAAAGAGUUUUCUAGUUUCUCUGUGUCAA